CAACAAAAAUUUAUAAAUAAUAAAAGAGCAUCUGUGAUUCGCAUAUAAAAAUAAUAAUUAUAAAAUAUAACUUAUUUUCAUACUGCACGUUUUUUUCCAAAAACUAAACAAAAAUAACAAAUUAUUUAAAAACAAAUUUUUAAAAAUAUAUAACCAACAUUUGCCAUAACUAUAAAAUUUAAAGAGCUCAAAUAUUAAUUAAAGCAGCACAACGGAUUGGUAAUAAAGGGAUUGCCAGCACCGUAGCAACCACAGCAACAGCAGCAGCAGCUACAGCCACAACAACAACCGCAACAACAACAGCAGCCGCAACAGCAACAAAUUCAUACAAGGUCAACGGAUUUAAUAUUUUAAAUGGAAAUCAUUCCUGAAGGUAGACACUUUCGUUUGGUGCAUGAAUCAGAGCUUCCAGAAAUUUUGGUAACUUUAGAACGCUAUCUGCCGGAAUCAUUAAAGUUUCAUCAAACCAUUAAAACGUACCUGAAUGAUCGUAUUUGGGAUUUCAAGUUUUAUGUUGCUAAAGAUUGGCCCGAAAAACCGAUAAUAUUACAUUUUCCAGGAUGCACGCUUACGCCCUACAACAAUAUAUACCAAGCUUUUGGCAUAUUUUGUCCAUCCGCACAAAUCGAGCAUGUCGAUCUGAUGCGCACCGAAGAUGUACUUAUAGAUUGGCAGAAGCCAUUGUACCUGAACUUUACGCACAUCGCAAUUAUGAAUCGCCUGGAUGAUUUCUAUUCGAAAAUUGGGCUGAUGGAGCGACUAAGUGGUGAUAUCUAUGUGUGUAACAAGCUCAACACGGACCUCGAGCUUGACCCGUUGCCCGACGAUGCAGAGAUGCGACUGCUGACACUCGACAAUGUCCAGGGCAUACACGAUUUAUAUCCGGCCAAUGAAAUCGAAUGCGUCAAAUUGUUUGAUAUACUCGUGCGUGUGCUGCCCGGUUUGGGAAUCUUUCGCAAGGAUACCAACGAGCUGGCCGCAUGGAUGGUCCAUUCAUACUAUGGCGCAAUGUUUUCGAUGCAAACACGUCCAGACUAUCGACGCAUGGGUUAUGGCAUCCGUCUGGCCAAAGCGUUGACACAGCUUGUGAUUGAGCGCGGCUACACACCGUUUGUUGUGAUACGUCCACAUAAUGAUGCCUCGAGGAAUCUGUAUACGAAACUGGGCUAUGUCAAGGCAUACGAGACAUGCCGCGUCCGCAUGACCCCCGAUUGCUAUGAGGACAGCACUGUGGGCACCAUCAGUAACACAUCCUAUGCCAAGUUUCCGCCGCUACCUCAGGCCAACGACGAUGACGAGUGUGUCGUCCAGCUGCGUCGUGUGAAGCAAGUACCCGGCGAGAGUCAGACUGUUGACGACGAGGGCAUCGAGGAUAUGUUGGCUGAAAAAUGUGAUAUCAGCAACGAUGAGGCUAGAGAGCGUAAGACCACAACUGAUGAGGGCAUCGGCGAGGAUAAGUAGAACAAAAACAAAACAAAAAACACAUAAACAAAAAAAAAACGAAAACAAAAACAAAGCGGCUCCAAGAGCUUUGCGCCCCCCUCAAUAACAGAGAGUUACAGAUUGAACGAUUGAAUGCUAUAUAUACACUUAUAGAUAUGGAUGAUACGAAAAAGAAGAAAACGGAGAUAUAUGGAAUAUGUAUGUAUGUAAAGUUGUAAGCACCUAGAUGUAGGCACCUUUAGGGGACAGGACAGGAUUGUGGCGUCGCGUCGUGUCGAUUCAACUCGAAACAUUGCAAGGCACAAGUGGCGUUAAUUUUUUAACAAUUAUAUUAAAAGCUAAACAAAACACAAAUGAAUAAGAAACCGAAACAGAAAAAGAACAGAAGUUUAUAAAGUAUCUACAUAGUAUUUACAUUUAUCUAUGUACGAGUAUAUUUAUAGAUGGUAAAUGAAGCUUCCUCACACAAAAGCGCAGCGUGUUUUCAGUACGAUCAAUUUGCUAAUCGAGACGAAUGUUUGUCAGAAAAUGAUUUAUUUUAUAUACAUUAAAAACAAUUGAAAACUAAAUACAAAAAAAAAAAAACAAAAGACAUAGGUGAGUCUAAUGAAUUCUACGUAAUGAACUAAACAAAAAUAAUAAAGGAAUAAAAUGUACACCACGGAGAACACGCUGGAGAUCCGAUUUUAGAAAAGAACAAACACAAAUAAUGAAAGAAAUUUUUAAUUUUUUGCUAAAAAUGCUUUUACAAAAUGAAAUCCAACAAUUGUAGCAAGACGAUGACGGCUAAGUGCGAAACAAAAACAAAAUCAAGGAGCGUAUAAAUUUAUUAUAAACUAUAUAUAUAAAUAUAUCUAUAUAUCAAAUUGUUAAAAAAACACACACACACACAAAAACAAACUAAAACGACAACAACCAGAAAAACUCACUCAACUACAAAGAUAAACAAAAAUAACUUCUCUAUGGCUCCACGCAAACUCAGAACAGGUAAAUCAAUUAUGUAAAAUGAUAAAACGGUUUUGGUACCAAAUAUUUUACGAUACUCGUACACUUCUCUAUUUGUAAAUGGGCCAUGUACAACACUCUACUCCCUCCCUAAAAAUCUUUAUAGUAACUCUACUUAGCUUUUGACGAUUUCAAUUUAAUAUUUUAUUUGAUUGUACUCAAGUGAACAUCUCAAUUAGCUUGGCCCAGGCGAGAUAAUGCUUUGAUUUUGAAAAUACAUUUGGAUUUAUAGGCUUUUUCAAAUUUAUAUAUAUACCCAAAAUGACAAACAAAAACAAAAGCGUAACAAGAAAAGAAAAAACUAAACAAAAUCAAGAACAACAAAAAAAAAAACACAAAUAUAUAUUUUACUAUUACGAAAUUUUAUUAAACUAUAUGCAAAAAGAGUACUUAAUGAUUUUUUGCUCCUACAUAAAAUAAAUAUUUUUUAGCCGAGAAAGAAACAAAUGAAUGAAUGAAAAUAAAAACACGCCAAAGAUGUCUUCUGCUUUAUUUUAAGUACGUACUUAUUAUGCAAAGGUAGGAAAUAAUUAAUAACCAUGGCUACAACUUGAUUACACAAAACUGCAAAAAGUUUCUCAAAUCGUUGAGCGCCGAGUAAUAAUUCAUUUUUGCCUUUGCCUAUUGACAAUUUUCCAUUAUGAAAACUCAAAAAAAAUAUACGCAACAAAUCAAAUUAAAAAUGACAAAAAGAAAACUAAAAGAAAAAUUAAAAAAAAAAAAAAAAACAAACAAAAAAAGAA